CCACACUGCUAGCUGUUUCGAAAAUGAAACUAGCUUAUGUCUGAGUACGAGAGAAAGCAAAACGAAAACAAGACGGUUAUCAGACAAAAAUCCCCGGGGAUUCACCAUUAUAAUCUGACACAUCGCAGGCGGGGGAACCAAACGCCUGUUGUGGUCCUAAUUCAGGAGACAAGAAAAGACAGCUUUGAAGGAACCGUCUCUUCCCCUUUUUUUCAGCUGGGAAUGUUGAGUAAACACCAGAGCUGGACAGGACGUACUGCUCUGCAAUGGCGUCUGUGGCAGUAGGUUUGGCUACUUGGUGAGACUGAAGCUGCUGUCACUAUGGCACACUUUGACACAGAGUACCAGCGCCUGGAGGCGUCCUACAGCGACUCUCCCCCUGGAGAGGAGAACCUGCUGAUGCAUGUGCCUGAAGGAGCCAAAUCCCAGUGGCACCACAUAGAAAACCUGGACCUGUUUUUCCAGAGAGUCUAUAAUCUGCAUCAGAAGAAUGGAUUCACCUGUAUGCUGCUGGGAGAGAUCUUUGAGCUGAUUCAGUUGCUGUUUGUGGUUGGCUUCACAGUCUUCCUAGCUAACUGUGUAGAUUAUGACAUCCUCUUUGCCAACAAGUUUGUAAAUCACACUGAUUCAUCUAAAGUCACCUUGCCUGAUGCCUUCCUCCCAAUGAAUGUCUGCAGUGCCCGUAUCCAAGACAAUGCAUUUGUGAUCUUUGUGCUGAUGAUCUCUGGCGUGUUUUGGCUACAUCGUCUGUUCAAAUUCAUCUACAAUGUCUGCUGUUACUGGGAGAUUCGAUCCUUCUAUAUCAACGCCCUCAAGAUGACCAUGUCAGAGCUCCCCUAUGCAACAUGGCAGGAGGUUCAGGCCAGGAUAGUGGAGAUACAGAAGGAACACCAGAUCUGCAUCCACAAAAAGGAACUUUCAGAGCUUGACAUUUACCACCGCAUCCUCCGCUUUAAAAACUACAUGGUUGCCAUGGUGAAUAAAUCACUCCUUCCUGUGCGAUUUCGACUUCCUGUACUUGGGGAGAUUGUUUUCUACACUCGGGGUCUCAAGUACAACUUUGAGCUCAUCUUCUUUUGGGGGCCAGGUUCUCUGUUUGAGAAUGAGUGGAGCCUAAAACCAGAGUAUAAGAGAGGAGGAAACAGACUUGAGCUGGCUGACAGGCUGGCAUCUCGUAUCUUGUGGAUUGGUAUUGCCAAUCUGCUGCUGUGUCCGGUCAUUCUGGUGUGGCAGAUUCUUUACGCAUUCUUUAGUUAUACUGAGGUGAUCAAGCGAGAGCCUGGUUCUCUGGGAGCGAGAUGCUGGUCUCUCUAUGGUCGCUGCUACCUGCGUCAUUUCAAUGAGCUGGACCACGAGCUCAUGUCACGCCUCAGUAAAGGCUACAAGGCUGCAUCCAAGUAUAUGAAUUGUUUCCUUUCACCACUGCUGACGGUGGUUGCUAAAAAUGUAGCAUUUUUUGCUGGGUCUCUCCUGGCUGUUCUCAUCGCCCUGACCAUCUAUGAUGAGGAUGUUCUUGCAGUGGAACAUGUCCUCUCAUCAAUCACACUGCUGGGAGUGUGUAUUACAGUCUGCAGGUCUUUUAUUCCUGAUCAGCACAUGGUGUUUUGUCCUGAGCAGCUGUUGAGGGUCAUCCUGGCUCAUAUCCACUACAUGCCUGACCACUGGCAGGGCAAUGCACAUAGAUAUGAGACCCGUGACCAAUUCUCCCAGCUCUUUCAGUACAAAGCAGUGUUUAUUCUAGAGGAGUUGCUAAGCCCAGUGGUGACUCCCAUCAUCCUCAUUUUCUGUCUGAGGAGAAAGUCUCUGGAGAUCAUUGAUUUCUUCAGGAACUUUACAGUGGAGGUGGUCGGGGUAGGGGACACCUGCUCCUUUGCCCAGAUGGACAUCAGGCAGCAUGGACACCCUGCGUGGAUGUCAGAGGGUAAGACAGAAGCAUCAAUCUACCAACAGGCAGAGGACGGAAAGACAGAAUUAUCUCUGAUGCACUUUGCCAUUACCAACCCUCAGUGGCAGCCUCCUCAAGAGACAACACACUUCAUCAGCCAGUUGAAAGAAAGAGUUCACAGAGAGGCCACAGGGGUUCCUGCAGACUCACAUCCACUGUCAUUGUCAGAGUCUGAGCCGAGGAGCCUCAUUGCAAACCUCUUGGCAGGUCCCUCUACACUGGCCUCUGUUCAUUUUGGCAGGGACAGCUCUUUGACUAAUCACGCAGCAGCUGGCUUAAGCGAUGGAGCAUCUGCGUUGCGCUCCCUUUCCCCAGUCAGCAGCAGUCUGCACCUGAGAGGUAGUUUGAGUGGAGCUCACAGGACUGCUGGCCACACUUCAGCCAUGAGCAAGGCAAUGGCAGGCUCUGGGACUGAUGCCCGAACUCUGAGCUCAGGCAGCAGUGCAUGGGAGGGUCAACUCACCAGUCUGGUCCUAUCAGAGUAUGCCUCCACUGAGAUGAGCAUCCAUGCAGUGUACAUGCAUGAGCUUCAUAAGCAGCAGUCCCGUGGUGAGGUGUCUCGUCACACCUGGCACAGGCAGGAGAGUGACGAAAGCAGUGAUAGCAUCCCGGAUGAAGUGAGGAGCCACCCCAACCCUCUUUCUAGAAACUUCCCCCGUUCACACACUUUCCCCACCACGGUUCCCAGUCCUACUGCCAUUCCCACUUCAGCUUCAGCCACUAGCAGUACCACCAUGGGCCAGGAGGGAGCAUCAUCACAGGGCAGCAGCCAUCGGCGUCAUAGUGGACCCACCACAGACUCUGUUGGUGCAGGGGGGAAGGUAGUGAGGUCGGCCCGUGUACCCAUGGGAGGGUGGGCAGAGGAUGGUCAGGCAGCACCACGACACCAUGAGCCACUACCAGAGGAGAGCUCAGAGGACGAAAUGCCUCCUCACAUACACAAGGUUACAUAACCAGGCCAUGUGAAUAAGUUUCAGCGCCCCAACCUCCAUAGAUAACAAAAUACACAUCCUCAUCCUCAAGAUGUGAAAGACUUGCCACGAUCUCUACAAAUACUCAAGUAGUGAAACCAUCCGGACAAGUUUGGUAAAGUCACCAUUGACCAUGAAAGGACACAGGGAGCUUAUGACACCCAUAACUUAUUAAAUGACUUCCUACAUGCCUAAACAGGCAAACAGGGUAAAUCUCAGAAUUUGUGUAUCAGAAGAGGACCUACAGGAUCAAGUUAUUUCCAAUAGCCACUAACAUCAGAUUACACUAUACUUUUUUACAAUGUCUAAAGAUUGCAAAAUGAAAGUGCACGUGUUGCUGUGAUGUAUUAAAAAUUGUGAACACUCAGCACUGCUGCCAUGAACAAAUACUUAACAAUUUACCCAAAAUAUGGUCACAAUAAUCCAAAAUGUGCUUUUACAAAUCAAAUGGCCUGAGAAGUGAAAUUUGAAGAAUGUAUUGUGUCUUUAUAACAAUAACAGCAUUUACCAAAAUGUGUUUAGAAAGAUACUGGUAACACAAAGACUUUCAUUGUGUAUAUCUGCUCGUGAACCAACAGCAAAAGGCUGUGCAUCCUGCUCUGUGCCCUGUAUUUCAGCUAGAAUUCUGCCUCUUUGCAAAACACAUGAAGGUUUCAGAUAGUAUAAAAUCCACCUGACAUCUUUCAAUCACAUAUUUUACUCCUUAGAAUUUUUUUUUCUUUCAGUCUGCAUUAAUUUUAUUACAAAGUUAGUGUGAAUUUUCUAAAAUGUUCUCAAACUUGUCCUGAAGUUUGGUUCUGGUUUUGCACUGAUAGAUUCUCAUUUUAAAGAUAAAUUGUACAAAGAAGCCUGGUAUUGUGCAUACACACAUGCACUGUAUACAUAAUUGUUAUCAGGUUAAGUCACAGCAACUAUACAGAACAGUGAAUCUCUUUAACACAGUUUUGUUAUGUAUAAUCAGAGAUGCUGUAUGCAAGUAUAUUUUUAUUCUGAUUUCACCCAGGUUUGUUAUUAUUUAGCAUUUAUUAUUUUUCAGCAGAGUAACGAAAGGGUGCAGAAGACUGAUUUAAGCAUGCAAUAUUGACUCUGUGCCAUACAAGAAACCCCCAAGCGCAGGUGCAUGACUAUCACCAUCCUCUGAAGAGUUGUAACUAUAGAUCACGCCACAGCAAGAAUGCUGACCAUCCUCCACAUCCUGCUAAAUCACAGCAUGACUCUCAUCUGUUGCCCUCUGUCAUAAAGCCCGAGUUCUGUAAAAGAAUUAUGCACUUUAAAAAUUUGUAAAUGCAGAGGGUGUCAGUUAACGGGGAUUGUUUCUCUGUUUUCAUGCAUAUAUAUAAUUUUAUUUAUCAAAAGGGAUGUGCCAUGAUGAUUGAGAGUUGUGAAUCGACGUUGUGUUUUCUCAUGUGCUCUUGCAUUGGGGCAAAGAUGCACUGUCACACUGCUGGACUGAUAAUGUGGUCAAGGAUACAGUGAUUCAGUGCGUUUACGAUAGAUUAAACGUGAUUUCUUUUUUGUUUUGUUUUGUUUUGUUGUUGUUGUUUUAUUCUGUAAAAGACCAUUUUGUACAGCUGUAAUUUCAUCCAUUAAAGACAACGCAGUGA